AUGCCCCCUAGACUACCAGCCCUCUCGACAGCUUCUGCUAUUGCGCGAACCGUCAUUCGACCCUUUUCUACCACAGCCCCUGCAGCUGCUCCCCGCGAGCCGUCCUCCGCAGGAGCUCACAACCACCGACUUGCGAACCUCAACAACAGUAAUAACCGUGCUGGCGGGUACAGACCACAGCGCGGAGAUGCUGCUGCUAGACUUAUAGAGCGAUACAAGACGCGGAACACCUCGUACACGAUGGAGAAGACGGCCCAGAUGGAUUUCCUCAAGAACCAGAAGAUGUCGAACGACUUCCUCAGACAAAUGCCUCGACGAUGGGAGGCAGGAGAUGUCUACUCGCCUCACGACCUGAGCCCCGUUGAGAUGCAGAAAUGGAGGAAGAGGUCGGUAAAGAACAACGACGUUAUCGAUGCGCUCGGCAUUAGCCCUCUCGACAUGUACAAGAACUUCUCUCUCAUAGAAUACUUUACAUCAUCAUCUGGAAUGAUCAACCACUCUAACCUCACUCGUCUUCGACCCGUCAACCAGCGCAAGGUGGCCAAGAUGAUCCGCCGGGUUCAAGGAAUGGGUAUCUACCCCAGUGUGCACGCCCACCCCGAAAUGCUCCGUGAGGAUUUCUUCUCGCGCAACAAGUAG